AUGGAUACUGUCGGUACGGACACAGCAGCCGCGAGCGUCAAUAAACGUCGCUUUGCCCAGUCCACUUCACCAAAGGUUAGUGUGAAGUCACAGGACUCGCUGUUUCUCAUCACUUACUCCAAUAUGCAGCAGCCGCUGGUACAAUCGUCUUUGGCGGAUCGGUACCCUUCGCUGAUGAAGCUUAACAUCCUACUUUACAUUGAUAUUCCUACUAUCGACUAUUACAACGAUGAGAUGACUCACAACAAGCUUUCCAGACUGAAUAAGCGGUUUAAGCUGCACCGGCUGAGAAGCUCGAUCGCGCAAAGUUUCUCCAACACAUCUACUGCGGAAGAUAACGAUAAGUUCUGGGAGGACUUGAAAAACUUGAUCAGCUCCCGCAGCACGCCCGAUAACAAGUUCGAUCUAAACGUACUGGUGUCGUCUUCGGGGUCUCUACGUUACGUAGAAACCAUAAGGUUUCUGGUCGAAAAGUUGUUUAAUUCUUUCAAAGGUCUGUAUGUUCAGAAAAAACUAAACCUAAGUUUUCAGAUCAAUGUUUCCCCUACUUCCUUUAAAUGGUUUUCUACUUUCCUGAAUGCAGAACUGCUUAAUUUGAAGAUCAUUAAUUGGCAGAAUAUUGGCUCCUUUACCAAGACGAUUCAGAAUUCCAAGUCGCUCCCGUUCAAAGAGUACUAUACCAAGCUGAACGAAAAAUUCACCAGCUUAAACCACAGCAAUGUUAGCAUGCAAGACCAAACUGUCCUAGACUCCAUAGUCAUUGUCACGAAUAACACAGGGGUAAAAGCACUGCUGACUUUGUUAUCGGACCACCCUCUCACCAGUCUUAUCUCCCAGGAGUCAAUAAAAGCCUUACACGAAUAUUCCGAUGCUAUCAACGAAGAUAAGAGAGACGACCAGACCAAUACAAGUUUGAAGAGAAACUCUUCGUCAUUGCUGAGUUUCCAAAACUCAGUUUUAACUUCCAAUAAAGACAAGUCCGUCAGAAUUAGAUCGUUGUCCAUUAACAGAAAAUCCAAUAGGGCUCAUAUGUUCAAAACCAACGAGUCCAUCACAACUAUCCCAUCAACAUCAAUCAACAAUCUUAUCGGCCAAGAAUCCAAUCUACGUAAGCAGCCUUCGGCGACUGCAUUGCAUUUACAAUCGCAUCUGCAUCCACAUUCCCGUUCACAAUCCUAUUCCAGCUCUAAUAUGUCCAGAUCGCCUUCUCCCUUCCCCUACGGAAAAACACCAUCAAACGACGAACUAGUGUAUGACGAGUUGAACAACCAAAUCAACGAAGUGCAAGACCGUGCUAAAAAUGAGGAAAUCGCCUUGUACAACAAUAACAAUUACGACGAUUUUACAGAAGAACGAGAGGAACAGGAACAGGACAGAACGUCAUACGCAGAUGAUUAUGACUUUAAUUAUGAUGAUGACGAAGAUGGAAAUGAAAACGACUACGACGAUGACGACGACGAUGAUGAAAGUGAUGAUGAAGGUUUAAGCUUUUAUGCUCCAAGCAUUUUGUCUCGCUCGGGUUCAAGCACGGACAUGUUAUCCUCGGGAAUCGAUUCUAUGGCCAAAAAUUCAAAGAAAACAAGAGGUAGGUUUAGGUCCUUGAGUUUAAUGGAUCCUGCUUUGCAAAAGCCAUUCAACCAGAAAUUCACAAACAGCCAACAACCCGACUCUGCUGGGGCAGGUUCACCUAAACGAUCAAACUCUUCAAACCAUUUUACGAACGUUUACGUGCACGAUGGCGAUUUCGACGGAGUAGAUGCUAUCAACAACAAGAAGAACUUGUCAUCUGCAACACUUAUUAAAAGAAAAUCUUUGAUGAACAGAAACCUGACUCCUUCUAUUAGUAAUGGGUUGAUACCUCCGGAGUUUAUAUCCCGAAUAUCCACACCUUCUACAAGCGCAAGUAGUUCAAACUCUUCAUUGAAUGACAUGUCUACGGUAUCAAAUGCAUUUUCCAAAUUAUUAAAUGAUACAAGUAAGAAACAGAAAUUUUUGAAUUCACCAAUUCCACAGCAUACACAACAAGCAUCUCCACUACUAAUGAGAAACAAUUCAAACAACAACUUAUUGUUCGAGAAGAAUUUGAUCAACAAGUCAUUUGAAGAGCUAAGAAGACAACCAUCGGUUAACCUUUUCAGCACUUUGAUGAAUGGUAAUAUGGAAAAGAAUGGUUUGGCACUAAACUUCAAGUCCAGGACACCUACGGAUACGUUGAUGGCUAAUAGCAUGAAAGAUAGUAACAAUGCUAGUCAUAGGUUACUAAACCUCGAGGAAGAAGACCAAAUCAUGUCUGGGUCUGCCACCAAAGAACGUGAGGAUGAUAAUGAUUCGACCAAUAGUACAAUCGUACCGAAUCACCCAGAAAAUGAUAACUAUAAUGAUAAUGAUAACGACAACAACACAGGUAUAAAUUCCAAUAACUUAAAUCUAAAUCUCUAUGAUGAAAGUGAUGGUUCAAGCUUUACUGAUGUAACAACUGAAGGAGUAAAAUACCCAAACUCGAAUUCUACAGUCACUAAACCCGUUUAUAAAAAAGCAGUCACCCUGGAUCUCUACGGCGAGGACGAUAUGGAUAACAUGGGAGGAUGGGUAUUAGGAGGUAAUGCUCGAUAA